CGGGAAAUACUUGUUUACAGUGGUAACAGGAAGCGGGUACACGUUUUUACAGUUUUACCUGAUUUUCACACCUUGAUCAAGUAUUUGUAUCGAUUUAUAUGAACUUAUAAAUUUUUAAAGAAUCAAGAACCUUCAAAUAUGAACUGAUUCGAUUAAGAUGGAGAAAUAACACGGACAAAAAUCAAAUUCUUGAAAAGAACUUGUUUACACUCGUACACUCAGACUCUAUAUCUAACUAUAACUAAAUUGUAUUAGUACUCUUAACCUAAAGAUGGGAUUUUUUGACAAACUCGCAAAAUGGCUUGGUUUGAAAAAGAAAGAUGCAAAUGUUAUUGUCGUUGGACUUGACAACAGUGGUAAAACAACGAUCAUUAAUCAUCUGAAACCAAAGGAAACAAAAUCUCAUGACAUUGUCCCAACCAUUGGUUUCACAGUUGAAAAAUUUACAAGUAGUGCUUUGUCAAUUACAGCAUUCGAUAUGUCAGGCCAAGGGAGAUAUAGAAAUCUAUGGGAGCAUUAUUACACAGAAUGUCAAGGCAUUAUAUUUGUGAUAGACAGUAGUGACAAGCUUAGAAUGGUUGUAGCAAAAGAAGAAUUGGAUCAACUUCUAAAUCACCCAAAAAUUACAAAUAGAAGAAUUCCGGUUCUUUUCUUUGCCAAUAAGAUGGAUGUACGUGAAGCAAUUUCAAGUGUUAAAGUUUCUAGUUUGCUUCAGUUAGAACAAAUAGAAAACAUGAAGAACAAACCGUGGCAUAUAUGUGCAAGUAAUGCUUUAACAGGGGAAGGUCUAAUGGAAGGCGUAGAAUGGAUAAGUGACCAACUUCGGGAUAUUAUUGAUGGAAGCAAAUGAUUAACACUUGUUGAUAGCUGUUAUUUUAGCAAGUUAAAAUAUGUACAUGUACAUUUAGUACAUGUUUGAAUUGAAAGAAAUCUUAAACAAAUGAUAAAUAUAAAUUGGUGUUUUAUACAUUUUUUUGGUGAAUUCUGGACUUUUGUACUUUUUAUGAUGGACCAAAAUGACAAUUAACAUUGGAGAAAAUAUGACACUGUGAAAUUUUAUUUCAGUGUAAAAGUUAUGUAAAUUUAGUCAUGAUUGUAGAACUUUAAAAGAAGAAAAAAAACUGAUCUCCACUUAAAGUCAGAUGGGCGUUAUAAAAACACUAGAGUACAUGUAUUGUAAACUAAGAAAAUGAUUAUAUAUAUCAUUGUGAAUAGUUAUGUUUAUUUAAAAACACCAAAAAUAUUCAAUUUCAAAAUUAACCAAAAUUGUUCCUACAUUUGAAUGUAAAAUUUAAACAUUAAUUACAUGUACAUCUAAGGAAAUUCCAUUCCAAAUCUUUUUAAAAUUAUUGACUUUCAUUAUUCAAUAAUAUGACACUACAUGUACUUACCUGUAGCUCAAUCAUACAUUGUAUUUUACAGUAUUUAUAAUAAAAAUAAGAAAAGAGGAUCUCUGUUUUUGAAUAUUGAGAAAUCCAUAUUUUUUCAGUAAUUCAAAAUGCAGAUGGAUGCUUAAGAUCAUUAAAAAAAUAAAAUUGUACAUGUAUGUUAUUGGAGUUAUAUAUUUCCUGGAAAUUGAUUUAUAGUAAACAGCAUCUUAUGCUCUGAACAGAAAUAACAUGAACAGAAGUAUUUGGUUGGCAUACAUGUAUUUACUGGACAGGAAAACCUACUGAUCUGUUUGAUGAAGUAAUGUAUUCUUGAAAUUAAUAUUUAUCUUGUUUAUAUGAUCUUAUUAUGUACAUUUGUACAUGUGCAUGCACACCUUUUUAAUAUUGUAAAUUGUCAGUACAUUUCAGUUGAUAAAAAAAUAACACUUACACUGAUUAUACAUUUUUUUUCUUAUAUACAUGUACUGUAGAGUAUAUAAUUAUUUUACAUUGAAAUUUGACAAAAAUAUAUCAAAUUAACGACUUUG